GCCUUUGUCUGCUAGAUUAAUGAACCGGUUUCUUUCCACUCUCAAAAGCUCUCGUAGCCGGCCACGAAAAUCCCACCGCCACCGCCAUCGCCACUACCACUCUCGCUCAGAGAGCUCCGAGUCCCUCUCCUCUAGCUGCCAAAGCAGGCACAGAGCCAGGUCUCGGGAGGAAGGCCAUAAAGCAAGACGAAGACGCUCCCAGCACUGUUCAAAGAGCACUGAGACGCAAAGCAUGUCUGCAGAGGGUCAAGCCAGCCAAACCCUUCAGAUCUACAGCUUCCUCUCGGCUAAGGAAGUAAUCUCUCAGUCAGGGUCAUCUGCUGACCUCUUUACCAAAACAGACAGCCCGCUUGGCAACCUAGCCAAUCGGAAUGGAGGGGCCCAUGAAUCUGACUCAGGAAACGAUACUUCUUCCCCUCCCUCCACUCAGACGAGCUCAGCCAGGCCAAAGGACAGCCAGGAGAAAAGAAGCCUAGCCCACAAUGGCUUUGGCCGUGCCUUCUCGCCUGGGAAGCCCAAAUUGGCCAACAGCGAUAACAGCUCUGAUUCGGGAAAUUCCUUCACCAGUUGUUUUUCCCAGAGCAAGGGAACAACUUUGGAAAAUCUCUCUCCGGAUGCCCAGGGACAGGACCAAAGAAGUUUCCUGUCCCCGUGUCUCGCCUGCUCGGAGGUGAAGAAGCAGAGCCCCCUGCAUUCCCCGGACCGCAGCUCCCCACUGAGACCGUGCUCCCGCAGCGGGUCGUACACCAGCACAGGGCGGUCCUCCCGUGGCUCCAGUCGCUCCGCCCACUCCCGCUCAUUGCAUCACCAGGCCACGCCCAGGUACUCCCGAAGCAGAUCCUGCUCCUCAGGGAAAAGGUCCUAUUCAUGUUCCCCCAGCUACUCAUCUAAGUCCUGCAAAAGAAGCCCUGGAAGCAGGAACUCCAGACCACGUCGGAGCCCCAGUUAUUCCCGCUACAGCCCCAGCAGGGACCGCGCGCGAGAGCACACGUACGGCUCCAGCGAGAAGGAGUCCCAGCGGGAGCGGAACAGGCGGCGGCGGAGGUCCUACUCGCCCAUGAGGAAACGCAGGAGAGAUUCUCCCAGCCACCUGGAAGCGCGCCGCAUCACGAGUGCCCGGAAACGCCCCAUCCCAUACUACAGGCCCAGUCCUUCCUCCUCCAGCAGCGUCAGCAGCUGUUCCUCCUGGUACAGCAACGUUAGCCGCUCUCCCGGCCGCAGCCGCAGCUACUCCAGCUACAGGAGCAGCCGGAGCAGAAGCUGGAGCAGCAGCAGCGACAGCGGCCGAAGCCGGAGCCGGAGUUCGGGCCCAAGGAGCAGCCGGAGCAGGAGCAAGAGUUACGACUCUGCAGACAGCUAUGACAGCCUGCGGCGCUAGGGCGUCCCCCUCCCGGCCACGUGCGUUGGGGUUGUCACUUUCAAUUCCUCUCUCCUCCAGCCUCCCCAGUGAUAGCUUAUUAUUUCAUGUUUCUAUUGUGGCAUCACCAGUGCCAGUUGUGCUGGGCACUGCACACGUAGAGGCAGACGCAGAGAACACGUGGGCAGAGAGGGAGGGUCCGUGUUUUGCAGCAGCUGUGUUGAUUAUAAACCAGCCUCCCCCACCCAUUCCUUGCCUAUCUCCAGGGAAGCAUUUCCCAGUGGCUAAUCCAGGGAGGGAGUUUAGCUCUUUGCUUUUCCUUGGCCAGAAGGCAGCAAGCGCCGAUUCUUUGGUGGGGGGAGAGAGAAAUAAUUUAAAAGAAACUCUCUUCAAGGCUUUUGGGCCAGGCAGAAAGAAUCCAGGUCUGGCCCUGCUUCUAUUGAGGUCAAUGGCAAAGCUUCCGUUGACUCCAGCGUGGAGCCCCACAAGCACUGCAGUGUGGCCUCUCCCCUAGAAAGGGAAAAACCAGAGGUUUCUGCAGGAUCGAUUCACCUUCGCUGGAGGUGGCUUUCCCCCUGUGCCCCUUCCCCGGGGAAAAAUAUUCAGUCCCACGGGGUCAGCCAAUUCCUGCUGUGAAUGUGAAGAAAGAAAUUCCACGCGGGCGUGGAUUGUUUGGAAGGGGCCAUUCCCUCGCCCCGCCCCCAUUUUUAUAUCACGAGUUUGCUUCUCUUUCCCCCAGCAAUAUGACCCGCUGGGGAGACGAUAAGCGGAAGUGGGAACAAUCGAGGGUUGGGGGCUGGGAGGCCAGGCCAACAAUCAGGAAAUGCAAGGGAGCAAAGUCUUGUCUCUGCGGCUCCUGUGAGCCCUCAGCCCCAGAGCUCUCCAGGGCUACUGCUGGUGGGUGGUUUUAUAACAGGAGCUCUGUGCUGGGCAAUGGAAUUCCCCUGCAGGGCAGGUGGGAGUGUAAGUUCCAGCUCCGUUUGGGUACCGGGUCACAUGGGCAUGGGGAAUUCCAAUGAAACGUAUUCGUAUGUAGCCCCCAGGAACUCCAGUCAUGGCGCUGUACAAACGCCAUUCGUAUGUAGCCCCCAUUGCGCCAGGCGCUGUACAAACACAGGAGGAAGGUCCCUGUCCGAAAGAGCUUACAGUUUGUGACCUCAACCCCUCCAGCCUUCCCUGCUCCCCCAAAGGCCAGCUCCCAUGUAAUACAAUGCCUGGCCCAGAGCUGCUGAAAGUGCAGAAGCCUCAACUAGCAAGACUAUUUAUUUAUCAGCAGAAAGGAGGGGGAUCCCCCAGCAGUAGAGACCAGCUCCAUGGUUAAGGAAAGAAGAAAGCCCGUCCUCUGUACUGACUGGGCAGGUUCCUACCAUGCUCCCUGCUGCUGCUACUUAGUGACUAGUGGCUAAUCAGAUCAGGGCUCCGGUGUGCUAGGUGCUGUACCAUCAUACAGGAAACGACAGUCCCUGCCCCAAAGAUCUUGCAGUCUAAGCCAUAACAGGUGGAUGAGCCAAGCAAGCAGGCUGGUAUGGUGGGGCGGGGUGGGAGGGCGAAAGGGAUGGGGUAACACAAAUAAGAUGUACACAAUGAGUAGCAGCAAUUGCAGCUUGCCCCCUGCCUAGCCUGGUUGGGAAAUGGGCUGACAGGCCCGAAGUAUCAGGGAAUGACAGACCAGGGAAGGGUUCCAGCUGCUUGGCUAGCCUGAGGAACUCUCCUGGCAUCACCUGGGAGAGCAGCCGGGGGCUGAUAGCCGGUUUAUCUACACACCGCCAACCCAGAGCCGAGACUAACAGCCCCCUGCCCCACAGGUGUCUGGUGUUGGCACGACAGCCUAGUGCAGGAGACAGGGCCGCCCA